AUGUCUCAACAUCCAUCAUCAUCUGGCUCCAAAUCCUCCCAACAUGCAAAGACUUCAUCUAUAGGGUUUGUAGAUGAAGAUGUAAUAGACGUCACUCCUCUGUGCAUGAUACCGGGCGACACCACAGGUACCUCCUCCAAUGCUGGAGAUAAGCAAGGUAAUACCUCUGGUAACUCCUCUCUUCCUAAAGACAUGUAUUACACUGAUCGCGCUAUAAGGAGACUGGUUACUAGAAUUCUGAGUGAAGGACAUAAAGUUGAAGGGGUCUCUACCCCUCUGUCCAGAAGGGAACCCUCUCCUGAGGGAGAACCCCAUGCUGAUAAAGAUGAUGAUUCAUCUAGAUCAGAAAAAGAGGUGGCUGCUGAAGGGCUUUGCUCUCUAGGUAAAACCCUACCUAGCAAGAAACAAAAUGUGCCUCAAGAAAAUAUUAUUGAUCUAGAGGAAGAAAGCACUGAAGGAGAGGAUGAUCCUUUGGUUCAUCUGGUUAAACCUAGCAUAGCUGAGAAAUUAAGAACUAAGAAAGGGAAAAGUAUGGCUAAAAUGAGAGCUGCUAGAGUGAAAAAGACUGCAGGAAUAGGACCCUCAAAACCCUGGAGCAAGGUUGAGGUUGGGAAAAGAAAAGAAAGAGACAACUCUGACUCUGAAAUCCCAGACAUCUCCCCUGCAAAAAGGCAGGUUGUUCAGAAAUCUCCUGGCAAGGAUGCUGCUGUUCAUCUAGACAAUAUCUCCUUUCAUUUGGAAGAUGGAGCAGCAAAGUGGAAAUAUGUCAUUCAGAGAAGAGUAGCCAUUGAAAGAGAACUUGGACAAGAAGCUGUAGAGGUAAAGGAGGUUAUUGAGCUGAUCAAAAAUGCUGGACUCAUGAAGACUGUGGUAACUCUACCCCAAUGCUAUGAGGGGUUGGUUAAAGAGUUUAUUGUUAAUAUCCCUGAGGAUAUUGAUGAUAAGAACAGCAGGGAGUUUUGCAAGGAUCCAGUUUCCUUCCAGACUUCAUUUGUUGUGAUUGAUGAGGCACAUGAGGCUACUGCUGAAGAAGAUAUUGUUGCAGACCUUGUUGCGGUGGCAUUAUCCAGUGUUGUAUUUGAGGCUCUAGGUAGGUCGUGA